UUCAGAAUCUGGUUUUCCUUGGGGGAUUUCCACCCAGCUCUUUCCGUCCAUCAUAAACGGCUCUUUUCGUCCACAUUUCACCCACUUUCCUUUCAAGAGCGCCAGGUUUUCACUAUGACUAAAGUGAUAGCAGGAACUCUUCACGAUGAGUCAGGUGGAGAUAAGCCAUGGGAAGGGCGUGGGGGUGGACGCGGUGGCAGUGUGCAUUUACACGUAAGAGCUUUCAGAUUUGUGAUGCGCUGUCUUCAGGGAGUCCGAGGUCCUGGUCAUUCAUAAUUAAAACGUACGUGAGAGGUUGGAGUCUGAUGAGCCCGCAGAUUUGUGGAGGAGGCAGUCCUUUCAGCAGCAAAGCUGGCCUUACGAGGGCUGAAGAGCCGAAAAAGCAAAGGGGUUUGGACAUUCAGUCCGCACACCCCCCAGCCACAAAGGGUCUGGCUGGGUUAUCUCAGGAAAUUCAGCAGCUGUGAUUUCCACACCCCUUUUGCCUGCAUUCCUAAUGGAGCAUUUUAUAUUUUCAGUCACGUUGUUAAACAGGGUGUAAAUGAAUAUACCUACUGUCCUUAAAACACAAAAAUCCAAAUUGUUAAUUGUUUGCAGCUAGACCGGGAAAGGGCCCACCGAUCUUGAGUUUCAGUAAUUACAAAGGUAAAAGCAAGGUCUUCAGCCGGCAGGUGAGGGGCCCGCGCUGCACACAUCUCAAGGCUUUGUCCCGGGCCGCUGGACAGGACAGAAGGGAUCCAGCUCCUCUUAGGAUCUUGACUGGUCUUCGUUUAGCCCUCGGGGCCCUCGUGCCUCCUUCCCCUCUGCAGCCCCAUCACCCGCUUUCCCUGCGGGCAGCCUGUGCUCCAGCCACGCGCUCUGUCUGCUGUCCUUGAAAUGCCCUUCACGCAUCCUGCCUGACUCCUCCCAGGUUUCUGACUCCUGCUGGUUCUGUAGAAUGCCUUCCCUGCCCUCCCUCUCGGCUGCACCUACACUGCGUCUGGACCGCCGCCCCCCGUCCUGCGUGGUGCUCAGCACGCUGAUGCGUGGUGACGGACUGACCUGUCCUGGUCCCACACAAGUCUUUCAGACGGGACCACGCUUCUCAGGCCUCCGUCCUCCGCGUCUAGCCGGGCCCGGUACAUCCUGGACACGCACCGGGCUAGGAGAAGCGGGUAAUGUGAUGACGGAGUCCAGGCUCUGGGACCCAACUCCCAGCUGGCCCUGCUUCUCACUGAGUCACCUUAGGUACAGUGCGUGACUUCUCAGUGCCUCCGUGUCCUCGUUUGUAUAGGACAGGGGUUUGCACAGUGCCCAGCUCAGAUGUUAGCGUGGGAAUUAAGGGAGGAAACUAGCGACAGGAGCGCCGUAGGGGUUAAAGAGUGUGGCCCCUGGAGCCAGGUCACCUGGUGUGAGUCCUGCUCGGCUGUUUAUUGUGCGCGUGACCUGGACCAAGUUACUGCCCCUCUGGGCCUGCUUCCUUGUCUCUAAAAUAACUGAGUACCCACCUCCCAGGGUUGCUGUAGGUACGCAGUUAAGGCGUAAACAUGUGGAUGCCACGUGGACGCCAUGUGUGGCAGAGCAGGCACACGAAUCCGAGCCACUCGCGGGUGUCCAUUAGCGCUCAGGGCAGUGGGACGGGAGAUGCCGCAGCUGCGUCCUGCACUGCGUGCCAGGGCUGCGCGUGCCCGGCCACUUUCCGAGCCGGUGGUCUCGUGGGGGGCUCUAAAUGCGGCUGUAGCCAAAUGAAUGGUUUAAGCAGUUUACGGGGACAGCGGCUCUUUCUCUUAAGGCCUCACUCUGAGUGACUUAUUCUUUUCCUAAUUCCCGAACGUUUUUGCUCAAAGAGUAUAGGAGCCCGUGGUUCAAGGGAUUAGAAGUAGGGACUUGGAACAAAAACAGCGAUCACGAUCACUUGAGAAAAGCAAAAGAAGGACACUUGUUUGAACAGCGUCGUUUGUGGCACGCAGUGGUGGGGGACGGACGGUGUGGGGUCGCAGUUGCCGCACGGCCAGGAACAUGGAAGUCUCCCGCGGUUUCGUCCUCACCCAGCCCUUCAGCCCGUGCCUGUGGUUUCAUCCCUGGGUGUCUAAGUUUGGAUUCCCCCACGAGCAGACCCUGAGACGGGAAUGCAGAGUGGAUGUUUGCUUGGGAAGUGAUCCCAGGAAGCACAGGAGGUCGUAGGGAACGAGGAGCGAGAAGGGGCGCCCGUAGAAGGCACACUCGGCAACAGGUGUGUGCUCACGUUUGGAAAAUCGGACUCAAUUCCUGGAAAACCCGAGCCAAUUUUUCUAUCAAACUUCAUCGCCGGUAAGGACACCCUUCCAGCUGUUCUGCUAGGAUUCGUGGAGCUUUCUUUAAUUCCUCGCCUUCUUACCCUCUACAGUCAAUCCAUUAGAUGUCCUAGUAACUAACUGCCUUGGCUCCCCUGCUACCACCCUGCUCCCCCACCGUCCUGUCUCCCCUGGGUCACUGCUGCAGGCUGCCAGCUGGUCCAGGCUGCGGUCACCUGUCCCCUGCCUCCUUGCCGCGGGCUCCCAGCUGGCCUCCCAGCCUCUACCUUUCCUGUCUUCCGUGCUCUCUUCCCGACAAUGUAGCCGGAGGAUCCUUUUGAAACGUAACUCAAGUCAUUGUCAUUUUUCUGCCCAGAAUCUUGGAGUGACUCUCUGUUUCGCUUCUGGCACAAAGCUCAGUUUGCCUGCGGUUCGCCCAGCCCUGCAGUCGGAGGCUCCCUGCUCCAGCCCUGCUGCCUCUUGCGCCCUGUGCCGCUCGCGCUGCCCUUCCCUCGGUGACUGCCGUGGCUCCUUGCCUUCUUCAGACCUUCUCAAGUGACAUUUUGUCGAAUAAGCCCACGCGAUGGAGGGGUUGCUGCAUUACAUCAACCCGGCCCAUGCCAUCUCCCUCCUCAGUGCGCUCAACGAGGAGCGCCUCAAAGGGCAGCUGUGUGACGUGCUGCUGAUCGUCGGGGACCAGAAGUUUCGAGCUCAUAAAAAUGUCUUGGCUGCCAGCAGCGAGUAUUUUCAGAGUCUGUUCACGAAUAAGGAGAACGAGGCCCAGACCGUAUUUCAACUUGAUUUUUGUGAACCCGAUGCUUUCGAUAAUGUUUUGAACUACAUUUAUUCUUCGUCCUUAUUUGUCGAGAAAAGCAGUCUCGCCGCCGUCCAAGAGCUGGGCUACAGCCUCGGGAUUUCCUUUCUGACGAACAUCGUCUCGAAAACGCCUCAGGCACCCUUUCCAACGUGUCCCAGCAGGAAGAAGAUAUUCAUAGAAGAGGACGAAGGCAGUUCUCAGAAGAGAAGUGUCAUCGUGUGUCAAAGCCGAAACGAAGCACAAGGCAAAACUGUCGGUCAGAAUCAGCCCGACCUGAGCCACACCUCGCGGCCCUCCCCCGGCCUCACGGUCAAGACCGGCACCGGGAAGCCCCACGUCCCAAAGCCAGCGGAAGCACCUCACGCGUCGCCAGUAGCCGAAAAGACUUGGCCCAGAGAUGGCCCUGUGGGCUGCGCGAAGUCCCUCGAGCGUCCCGGCUCUGUGGACGACCCUCACAGAAGCAGCUUGGCGAAGAGCAACGCGGUGCCGCCUGGCAAGCCGCUGCAGGACAGAGAGGGGACGGACGAGAAACCGUGUCUGAGCGGCCAGCUGCCCAAAGGAAAAGCCAUAGAGCUGGCCUUGAAGAGACCACGGCCGCCCGUCCUGUCUCUUCGAAGCGCGUCGGAGACCCCCUACGUGUUGAAGGAAACCGGCAAAGGAGGCGGCCCGGGCGAAGACAGGAACCUGCUGUACUAUUCGAAGCUGGGGUUGGUGGUCCCGUCCGGCGGCCCUGGUUCCGGAAAGCAAGGCAUCGACAGAAGCGGCCCGCUGGUGAAGAGUCUGCUCAGGCGCUCGCUGUCCAUGGACAGCCAGGUUCCCGUCUACUCGCCCGCCAUGGACCUGAAGUCUUCCCAGGGGCCCUCGGCAGCGUCCGGGGAGGUGCCCGCCAACGUGUUCUGUGCUCUGUCUCAAAAGCCGUCCGUGAAAGAGUGCGACGACGCGUCAGCCCUCGACGAGCGGACUCCGGCGCCCCAGCCGCACCGCCUCAGGUCCUUCAGCGCCUCUCAGUCCACGGACAGGGAGGGCGAGCCUGCCGUGGCCGAGGUGCGCGUCAAGACGGAGCCCCGCAGCCCGCUGUCGGACCCCUCCGACAUCAUCCGAGUCACCGUGGGAGACCCGGCGGCCGCGUCGUCCAUCACGAGAGACCUCUCCCUGAAGACCGAAGACGACCAAAGAGACAUGAGCAGACUCCCGGCCAAAAGGAGGUUCCAGGCGGACCGAAGACUGCCGUUUAAGAAGGUAAAGGAGGGCGAGCACGGGUCUCCGGUGUCCGAACAGAACUUGGAGGAGGGCUCGAGCCCUCCUCUCCCCGAUGCCGACUUUCCAGACUCUGACUUGAAUAAAGAGGAAUUUGGUGAGUUGGAGGGAACGAGACCAAACAAAAAGUUUAAAUGCAAACAUUGCCUUAAGAUCUUUAGAUCCGCAGCAGGCCUUCACCGGCACAUUAACAUGUACCACAACCCAGAGAAGCCCUAUGCUUGCGACAUCUGCCACAAGCGCUUUCACACGAACUUCAAAGUGUGGACGCACUGCCAGACGCAGCACGGCGUGGUGAGGAACCCGUCGCCGGCCUCUAGCUCGCACGCCGUGCUGGACGAGAAGUUCCAGAGAAAGCUCAUUGACAUAGUGAGAGAGCGAGAGAUUAAGAAGGCCCUGAUCUUUAAGCUGAGGCGCGGCAAGCCCGCUUUUCAGGCGCAGACUAGCUCCCAGGCCCAAGCCAUCAAGAGGAACUUGCGGUCCCGAGCCAAAGGAGCGUACGUUUGCACCUACUGCGGAAAGGCCUACCGCUUUCUCUCGCAGUUCAAGCAGCACGUAAAGAUGCACCCGGGAGAAAAGCCCGUAGGCGGCACUAGAGCUGCUAAGCCCAGGGAGCAUGUUUCUCUGGAGAGCCCGGUAGAGAACAAGGAGGUUUACCAGUGCCGCCUCUGUAAUGCUAAGCUCUCUUCUCUUCUAGAGCAAGGAAGCCACGAGCGGCUGUGCCGAAACGCAACCGUUUGCCCCUACUGCAGCCUUAGGUUUUUCUCGCCCGAGCUCAAGCGGGAGCACGAGGGCAAGUGCGAGUACAAGAAGCUGACGUGCCUCGAGUGCAUGCGUACCUUCAAGUCCUCCUUCAGCAUCUGGCGGCACCAGGUCGAGGUCCACAACCAGAACACGAUGGCGCCGGCCGAGCACUUCUCCCUGCCCGGCCUGGACCACAACGGCGAUGCGACCGCCGCCUCCAGGCCCCAGGCCCAGGCCGAGCCUCCGAAAGCCAACCACGCGGUGGCCGCCAAGGACGACGCCGCGUUCAGCGACUGUUCCGAGCAGGUGAACUUCGACUCCGAGGAUUCUUCCUGCCUCCCCGAGGACCUCAGCCUUUCGAAGCAGCUGAAAAUCCACGUCAAGGAGGAGCCCGCCGAGGAGGCCGAGGAGGAGGCGCCCGAGGCCCGCGCGGCCGCCAAGGACGCGGGCCCCAGCAAGGACAGCAGCCUGUGGCCGUGCGAGAAGUGCGGCAAGACGUUCACGGCGCACAAGCAGCUGGAGCGGCACCAGGAGCUGCUGUGCUCCGUGAAGCCCUUCAUCUGCCACGUUUGCAACAAAGCCUUCCGCACCAACUUCCGCCUCUGGAGCCACUUCCAGUCCCACAUGUCCCAGGCCGCCGAGGAGCCGGCGCACAAGGACCCGGAAGCCUGCCCCGUCCCCACAAACUCGCCGUCCCCGCCCCCGCUGCCCCCGCCCCCGCCGCUGCCCAAGAUCCAGCCCCUGGAGCCCGACAGCCCGACGGGCGUGGCCGAGAACCCCGCGCCGGCCGCCGAGAAACUCUUUGUGCCCCAGGAAUCCGACACGCUGUUCUACCACGCCCCGCCCCUCUCGGCAAUCACAUUUAAAAGACAGUUCAUGUGUAAACUGUGCCACAGGACAUUCAAGACUGCCUUCAGUCUUUGGAGUCACGAACAAAGCCACAACUGAAGGGCCGGCCCCUUCGGCCCCUUACGGCAGGGGAGGCGGUCCCCAGGUUUCAACCCAAACUGUGAGCCGCGCAUGAGAAACAAAAUAUUUUUUGAAGAGAAGGAAUAAUAAAGGUUGGAAAUCGUUACGCUUGAAUAGAAGCUCGAGGGAAAUCGAUAUUAAUUAGCAAAGUCCUUACUCAGAAAAACUAAACUACGUCGUGCUCUGGACCUUACGGUCGGUCACACGACGACUGGACUUCAUCGAUGUUGAAAUUUUGAUCGAUCCCGGUUGUUUGCAUGGUUCCUCAUUCCACGGUGUCAGUAUACUCUUUUACUGGAGGUUGUUUUGGUUUUUUACUGAUUUGCAGCCCGUGAAAUACUACUUAAGUAUUUCUUUCGAUUAUAGCGGACACCUAAGUUCUGCUUAAGCCUCAGCCAUGUCCUGGAGUCCGCAGCGUAUCAGGAGGAAGGGGAGAGUAGUCUGCAGUGUUGACUUAGAUCUUAGGAUACUUUAGCAAUAAAACAAUGAUAAGCCUCAACUGUAAUAAGUUAUCCUGACACUUGAUAACAAUAAAUAUUUGGUAUUUUGUGGUCACGUAGACAUUCUUUUGUAUGAAAGUUGUGAGGAAUUUAAAUCAGCAAUAGUAAUACUUAGAUUUUUAUAAAGUAACAAAACUUGCUCUUGGGUCACUUAAUAUAAUUAAGGACGGGAGACUUGGGAAAUGAAAACAGGAUUUCUAGAAGGCCUCUAAGUUUGCAGAAACUAAGGUGGCGCUAGGCAUUGUGGUCAGAGCUGGCGCUGGCGCUCCGGGCUGCGUGUGCACAUCCCGGCUUUCCGUUCUGACCACGCGGGGCACACGAAGCAUCUGGCGUCCUCUGACUUACCGCUGCCACAGAGGGAAAAUCCGAGCGCGUUUGGGACAGGAAACAAAGGUGGCACGAGGCGCUCACCGAUGUUGAGUUUAACCUCGUUGGUGUAACAGAUCGGGUCGGGACUCACAUUUACGCUCGCGGAUCCCAGGCCCCGGGGUCCGGGCGGCGCAGCGGCCCUGAGCCCGGAGUUGGCAUCGACUUCCGGAGCUGGGGAGCUGGGGAAACCCCACACCGCGGUCUCCAUGCGCCCUCGACGGCGGUAUUUGCAGCGUUCGGUUUCCUGCCUCUGUCUCCUGAGGAUUUCUGUUAGAAUUUGUUGGAGUUUAUUGUGGUCAAACGUCCUCAGUGCAAUCAUUCUGCUCUGAGUCACUGCUUUUAGUGUCUCAGGGAUCUGUGUGAAAGCGCGAUCAAGGGUCCAAAAUGAGUUUCCGCUACCUAAUAAGGCCCACAGGGUUUGGGCUGCCUUUUUUUUUUUUUUUUCUUCUUUUUCCUAUUUUGUAUGAGUUGCAAUUAAAAGGCUUUUGGGAGGGGCCACCCGAGUUCAGUGGGUGUUUCUAAAGGGAAAACUGUCUCACUCGCAGGCACUUAGGUACGUACAAGUGGAAAUACUAUUGAAACUACAAAAGAGAUCCUUGUCAGGUAGUGCUAUGGAUGAAGUCUCCCAAGUUUAUUCAUUUUUUUUUUGCAAGCUGUUCUUUCAAAUAAAAAAGAGACUGUGGCUGAGAAACAAUCUGCUGAGUGUUUCCCCGCAUCCCGCUGCCACAGAGAAGGUUUCUGGCCUCGGUCUCGUCACCCAUGUUCCGGACCAGCGGGAGGGAAGACACGCCUAACUUUUUAUCCAUACACAAGCAUUUUUAUACAACAGUAGUGGACUUUGUAGAUGAGAGAAAUUGCGGACGAAAUUUUGCCUUUCUGUUUCCUUUUCCAUUUGAAAACUGUCCUAAGUCCCAAAGUAUUUUUGAGUGGUCGCUUCCUAUUUUUGUUCUUAGUUAAAUUUGAUGGAGAAAGGCAAAUAAAAUGAAGUCACAGCUACCGACGAUUGCCAUCUUUAUAUUUUCUGGAAGAAACCUAUGCAUUUGAAAGAUAAAACUAAAGCCUAGGAUUUUACGCGAAACAUCAGGAUGGGUUGUCAUUCACUGAAUGAGUCCCCCUUGUAAUGUGCCGUUUCUUAUUCGGAGCACCUUGGUAGCUGUCACUUCUUCAGAGGACAGUUUCCCUCAGAGUAGUCCCUGCUUCUGGCUGUUAAGAGUACGUGUGACAGUUCCACGGCACACAUCAUCUUGGCAUUGUAAAUUCAGUAUCCCAGGACUUGAACCUCUAUGCUACAUUUUUGAAGAUUUUUUGAUAAUGUUAAUCAGUAAAAAAUAUUUUUGAUCUAAAUACACGCUCAGCGUAUCUGUUAGACUUCGAAAAUUGCCAGUGUUUUGUCUUGUUAGUUCCCAUUUUUGUCUAGGCAAGGAGCGUAAGAUUUCAAAUAAAAUUUUGAACCAAAAACA